AUGCUACGACAAAAAAUCCAAAUGGUGAAAGAGCCUAAUGAUCCAAAUUUUCAUUCUAUUCCUGUUAAAUUGACUACAACCUUACGUAACGAUCAAUUCCUUCGAUGUGAUACAGGACCAGGAGAAGACCGAAUCUUGAUAUUCGCAAGUGAUGAACUUCUGGUCGACGGAACAUUUAAAGUCGUUCCUGAAAUCUUUUAUCAACUCUAUAUUAUCCAUGGUGUAUUUCGUGAUCAUGUGAUUCCAUUAGUUUUCGCCUUAUUACGUCAAAAAACUGCUGAAACCUAUAAAGAUCUUAUCGAUGAAAUAAUAAUUAUUGCACCUCGUUGGUCUCCUCGCACUAUCAUGCCCGAUUUCGAGCAAUCUUCCAUCGCGCCAUUCAAAGCAGCAUUUCCUACUGUUCUGUUAUCUGGUUGCUAUUUCCAUUCACGACAAAGUAUUGAUCGAAAACUUCGGGCACUAGGACAUCAACAAGAAUAUGAAACAAAUGCAGACAUCGCACACAAUAUCCACAAGAUCGCUGCUUUAACCUUCUCGGAUGAAAAGUCUGUCAUAAAUGGAUUCGAGCGUCUUUCAAUAAAUCUCACAUCUGAAUUUGAAGACAUACUAGAUUAUUUUGAAGGAACGGAUAUCGCUGAGGCUUACCAUCGACGAAUUUGUGCGGUUUUCCAGUGUACACAUUCAAUACUUUGGAUCUUUUUUGAAAAAUUAAUUAGUGAAGAAAACAAUAGUCGUGCAGAUAUAUUUCAAGUAUGCGCUAAUCAACAACCAACGAAGAGAAAAUUGAAUGAACGGCCAGAGCGGCGAUCAUUAAAUCUGCUGUCGAAUCAUCACCAAGAUAUUUCGGUACAAAUGAAUACAAUAACUUAUAAUAUUUCCUUGCAAUAA